AGUUUCCAACUCCCCAGUGGACCUGACGCCACUUGACUACAAAAUGUUUGUCACGCCUUCUUUGAUCAGGGAGGCAGGUUCACGCAGUCACUCGAUCCCGUGUCUCUGAUACACACGCCCGGCCCGCUCUGAAGCUGUACAGUUGUUUUAGCAGUUGCACAACUCACCAGUUCAUACAGACCUAUGGGAACCGGAGUGUAGUAAUAAUGCACUGUGUUGCUGGAUGGUGACUCUACGCUCGUCGCGUUUAUGACAUUUUCUUUACUUUUCGCAUAUCCUGGGAAUAUUUGAGUGCCAAGGUCUCAACGGGAAGCGCGCGGUCACAGGUUCGGUGGACUGACUUUCCAAGGAGGAAUGGCCACUGCCAGGCUUGAUUACGUUGCUCCGUGGUGGACUUACUGGCUGCACAAUUUCCCUCACUUUAAUUUCUUUUUCCAGUCGGUCGACAACACAUUCAAACCGGAGGAGACGAGCUAUCAGCAGUCUCUGAUAGUUUUCGCAUGUGUUGGUGCGGUGGGCCUGGGUCUGAGCCUGCUGUUUUUGACUGCAUACCUGAUCUGCACGUGCUGCUGCUGCAGGGACAUAGAUGAAGAUGUCAAAAGGCCUGAAACCUGCUGUGUCACCUGGGCUGCCGUCAUCACUGGUCUCAUCAUGUGCUCUGCUGUAGGAGUGGGUUUCUAUGGAAACAGUGAGACCAAUGAUGGGGUGUACCAGCUGACCUAUUCGCUCUACAGUGCCAAUCACACAUUGGGUGGCAUCAACAAUCUGGUUGCAGGAUCUCUGGCCAAUGUGGAAACUGGACUCAAACAGCACCUAGAACGGCUCGAUGAAAUCUUUGCUGCAAGGUCUGACUACCUCCAGACUCUGCGCUUCAUGCAGCUGAUGGUCAAUAACGUCAUCCGCGAGCUGACUGCUCUGCCGGAUAUCAAUAAAACCAAUGUUGACUUGGCAGCCAUUGCUGACCAAACAGCCUUCAUUGAGUACUACAGAUGGCUGACCUAUCUGCUGCUGCUGAUCCUGGACCUGAUCAUCUGCUUGGCCAUGUGCUUGGGGAUGGCCAAGCAGCCCCGAUGGCUGCUCAUUGCGAUCAUGGCUUUUGUAGUGCUGUCUCUGAUCAUGAGCUGGGCCUCACUGGGUGCGGGAACUGCUACAGCUGUGGGCACCAGUGAUUUUUGUGUGGCUCCAGACAAGUUUAUUGUGAACAAAACCAAGGAUUUCCUCAGCGCAGAUGUUGCACACUAUUAUUUGUUCUGCAGUCCGAAUCUACCAAACCCCUUCCAACAGUCUUUGACAAUCUGCCAGCGUUCUCUGACCACCAUGCAAAUCCAGAUCCAGGGCUUGCUGCAGUUCUCCGUGCCUUUCUUUCCCACUGCUGAGAGAGACCUUUUGGGGAUCCAGCGACUGUUGAACUCCACUGAGUUCAGUGUACACCAGCUAACAGCCUUUCUCGACUGCCGCGGGCUGCACAAGAACUACCUUGAUGCCCUAAUGGGUGUGUGCUAUGAUGGGGUGGAAGGCCUCCUCUACCUCUCUUUGUUUUCUCUGCUGGCUGCCUGUGCACUCUCUGCCAUGCUGUGUGCAAUUUUCAGACUGUGGACUCUAAUGGGCAGCAGAGACAAAGAGUAUGAUGACAUAGAUGAGGAGGACCCUUUCAACCCCCAAGCGCGACGGAUAUCCUACAACCCCAGAAGGUCCAACAUCCACAGUUUCUGUAGCUAUACAAGCAGCCUCGGUAGCCAGGCCAGCCUUCAUCCACCCCCGCAGUCUGCUUCUAAUGUCAUACCACCUCCUGAGUACAUGAAUCAGUCCAUGCUGUUUGGAGGGAGUCCUCGAUAUGAGAACGUGCCACUGAUAGGGAGAGGAUCCCCACCUCCGUCGUAUUCGCCCAGUAUGAGGACCACCUAUCUGUCUAUGACUGAUGCCCAGAUCAGACACUUCGGGACUGACUUCCAGGUGUAGCCUGCUACCUACUGAAUCCUUUUCGGAGAAGCGUUGUCUGAGGCUCUGGAUCCUUAUCAAGGAGGCUCUCUUUAAGGCAUAGUCCUGUUUAUGGGAGCUGCAUCUCGCUGUCCCAAUCUGAGACAUGAAAGCAGGCCAUAUGACCUCAGUAACACACUGAUGCAGUGCUUUGGAAGCCCUGCAUGCGGUUUUGAACAGAGACGGCCUGUAUACAGGUUCACCUCGAGACUGUUGUGAUGUUUGGAAACACUGUUACUCCAGUUUAAGCAUUUCCAUGAGCCAAAUCAAGAGCCUUUGAACUGAUUAGAUUGCAAUUUUUUUAUUUUAUUUUGUUAUUUAUUAUUUUGUUUUUGCUUUUUUCCCCCCUGUUAUUCUGGUGGCCUGCAUGGAUGUGAUCAUCAGCAUGGGCAGUAUUUCUGAUGUAAAGUGUGAUGUUGAAAAUGAACCUUAGACCUUCCAUCAUGGCAUUCUGAUUUUUUUUUUGUUUUUGUUUUGCUUGUUUUGUUUUUUUGUGAAGUCCCUACUCUUAUAUUUUGGGCCUUUGUGUAAUUUUUUUUUGGUGCUACAUGAAAUAAAAUAUCAUAUUUUCAAUCUUUUUGAACAAUUGUAAAAAAUCUUAUAAUCCUGUUGUGAACAGCCAAAGAUGCCACUAAGUUGACAUUAUUGAUCCGGUUUUGUUUUUCACUUUGUGAGUAUGUAACUGCCACAGGUUUAAACAUCUGUUUGUUCUUGUUGUAAUACUUUGCAGUGUAUGACCUGCUGAUCAGGGAUGAAUCAGGCAGUCAUAGCUGAGGGUUAUUUUGCUGUUUCGCUAAUUUUGGAGACAGUAUAGCAUGUGGGAAUUUCCCCUGGACAACAGGAUGGAAUUUGAUUCACCGCCAGGCAUGUGUUACUGUGCUGUGACACAGCUGAUAAAACAUGAAAUGAAUAUGCAGAAAUGCUCUCAGAUUCAUCCAGCCCCAGUGUCAUAUGAAAGAGAAAUUGUGUUCUUCAGAGGUUUGCUCUCCGCUGUUUUCUCUGUUGGAUAAUGUAUGAAACUAAUGUUUGACCAUAAAUAAUGCUGUAUUCAGA